AUGGCGCAGGACACUGGACUCUUCAGUGUCCGACGACCACGAGAGACCCUCGGGAAUGUCCAAAAUUAUACAUCUAUCCCUCAACCAUCUUCUGCACUCAAGCGAACCAGUACUGCUGCUAAUCUACAGAACCCGCCGUUUACCUCCCAGCAUGCACGGUCUAGCUCCCUCGUUUCAUCGCUUAGUCGGCCACAGCAACCUGCUUUUCAUCGGCAGUCCACUAGUGGUGGGAACUAUGGCAUAGAUGGCGGCCUAUCAAGUGUUCGACGUUCUGUGUCUCACAAUGUCCUUCACAGCGCAAAUGCUGGGCGUCAAAGUUAUGCGCCGAUGUCAAUGGCACCUCCACCGCCGCCCCAGUUACAGCGCCGUAGCAGUGUUUUGUCACGCCCUUCUACAGGCCCGUCUGCUGCUCACCAGUCUUUUUUUGUCCAGGGGUCCAUUCCAGCCGGUGUGCCCCGAGACCCUCGACCACUCAGGGAUCGGGGUUUUCAGGCGCGGAUUAGCCAGGAGAUAUUGGAGUAUUUAACGCGCAAUAAUUUUGAACUGGAAAUGAAGCAUUCUCUAACUCAGAACACGUUAAAGUCGCCGACUCAGAAGGACUUUAACUACAUUUUCCAGUGGUUAUAUAAGAGGAUAGAUCCUAGCUACCGGUUUCAAAAGAAUAUCGAUACCGAAGUGCCACCUAUUCUAAAACAACUACGCUAUCCAUAUGAAAAGAAUAUUACCAAAUCGCAAAUCGCCGCUGUUGGGGGUACAAAUUGGUACACAUUUUUGGGGGUGUUGCAUUGGAUGAUGCAGCUGGCUCAGAUGCUCGAUCGAUAUUAUCAAGACCAGUACGACUAUGCCUGUGCGGAAGCAGGUGUCGAUGUGACGGGUGAUCGUAUAAUAUUUCGCUUCCUUUCCAGCGCAUACCAUGAUUGGUUACAAGGUGGUGAAGACGAGGAUGACGAAGUAGCAGAACAGCGGCUCGUUCCCCAUGUUGAGACCAUGGCAGCAGAAUUUGAGAAGGCAAAUGAGAAAUAUGUGCAAGAGCUUCAGGCACUGGAGGAAGAAAACCGCUCACUUCGGGAUCAGCUUGAAGAACUUGAGAAAAAUGCCCCUGAUAUCGCAAAACUGGAGAAACAUUUCAAAAUUCUCGAAGACGAUAAGAAAAAGUUUGAAGACUACAACGACAAUGUGCAAGGAAAAAUCGACAAAUAUGAAAAUCGUAUAAAGUUUUUGGAGGAUGAGCUCGAAAAGAUUGACCUCGAACUCCAGACGACCGAAGACGACCGGCUUGACUUGCAGUCGAGCGUUGAUAAGCGGGGCAUUACAAUCCAGGACAUUGACCGUAUGAGUACUGAACGAGAUAGGCUCCAGAAAAGUGUGGAGGAUAUAGUAGUGAGACUUGACGAGACUCAUGCUAAAGUUAUGGAGAAGGAAGCUGAAGCAAACGCGAAACUGGAAGAGCUGGAGCAAGUCGCCAAGACCUAUAACUCCCUUGCCUACCAAGCUGGCCUUAUCCCUUCGACUACGGCCAAUGCCAAAGGGAACGAGUUUGAACUCUUCCUUAAUAUCAAUGAGAAUAACUUCUCUUCUUCACAGCUUGGAACAUCUCAGAGCCACGGUUCAUCAGAGGGUGAUAGGUUACUUGCGGACGCCAAUACGGGAUACCACCCGACUAAUCUUAUCAACCUGGAUCUUCGUGGAACAGUUCGAAAUAACCUCAUCUCCCUUCGCAAAGAUAUCAAUGAACGCAGAAAGAUUGCUUUAGACGAAGAUAUGAACAGACGAGAUCUCCUCGAAAACAUCAAAGAAGCUAUGGAGGAGAAAAAGAGCGAAGUAGAAGCGCUGGAACAUCGGCGCCGUGCUGCAGAAGAGGAGUUUGAGAAAACGAAAGAAAUUACCUCGACUCAGAAGUUAGCAUCCGACACUCAGAUUGAAAAGAUGGAAAAGGAGCUUGCCAAAAUGCGCGCAAGUCUCAGUGAAAGUGUUCAAUUGAUGGAACAGAGGGAGAUGAAUACCAACAUUGAGUAUGAGCAACUUGUUUUACGCGCGAACGCCCUGCGUGAGGAACUGCAUACCGGAAUUGAGAGCAUGCUCAAUGAUAUUAUCAGGUUCAAAGUCCAUGUGCAGAAGGGGUUGGAAGACUACGAAAGCUUCGUCGCUGAUGAAGUCGAACAAGAACUUGGUGCUAAUGACAUAGGCGAGGGAGAUCAUGAGGCUCCCCAGGAUGAAUGA